AUAUUUAAGUAUUUUUCAAUUUUGUUUGAAGAAUUUUUUAAAUUUCUGAGCAGUUUAAAAAAUGCACAACAAAAUUAAACAAUCGAAAGAAAUCGUAUCGAAAUUGCCCACCGAAACACUACCCCGUAAAAUGGAAGCUGAAAAAAGGAUUUUUAGUUCAAUGUUUGAAAUUUAUGGGCGUGUGCAGGGUGUAUAUUUUCGUAAGCACACACAAAUCAAGGCUAAGCAGCUAGGCCUCAAUGGCUGGUGUAUGAAUACGCAAGAAGGCACCGUUAAGGGAAUUAUGGAAGGACCACAAGAUAUGCUAUCCGAAAUGCGCCUGUGGCUGCAGCACAAGGGCAGUCCACGUUCCAUAAUUGAAAAAGCCGUCUUCACGCCCUUCGAACCCGUCCUCCAUCAGAACUAUCACUCUUUUUCAAUAAAGCGCUAAGAGUUAGCUCAACCUACUUCUACUAAACAA